AAAAUCAAAGUUUUAAAAAAUAUAUUUUAAAAUUAGCAUCUUGAGCAUAACGUUACUUUAUUUUAAAACUAAAAAUAAAAUGUAGAUGUAUGCGUACAAAUCCAAUUUUAUAUUUCUGUACAUAGUCCUUACAAUCACAUUUAGACAAAGUUUUUUUUUUAAUAACUAGAUCUUGGCCUAUUAUACGGACGAUUGAUUGGUGGCUAUGACUGGCGUGAAAUACAUGUGGCUGGCGUUAGAAGUCGAUUCACAGCGAGGGACAUUCGAAGUUCAAUUUGAACCAACAAGUGCUUAUAUCUUUACGUUGUAGAUAGACACGGGUGCGAACAGCUGUCUUUGAUGGACAGACUAAGAUCACUAAAAUAUGUUUGCUCAGAUUUUAUUACUGCAGUUUGGUACAACACUCCACCACCUUCUUGUGCAAGACGUCUCUUUGACGUACCAUGUUUGUCCUGCUUAGCCAGAAGAAGCGUUUGCGUAGCUAUAGCAGCUUUUCUUCUGACGUACUUUUUAAUCAUGGACAUUUUACUGUUCAAACGUUUCGCUCAAAUCCAGCUUUCUCAAGAUUCCUCGGUAGGUCGAGAAGACGAGGUUUACUCUCCAUUAACACAUUUUUCGGUCAAAGGGCUCCUCAACGACCACCCUAGCCAGUUCAUCGUCGUGCCCAGCACGGAGUACGUCGACUCCAUCCUGGGCUUUAGCAACAGAUUUAUCACGCCCGACGUCAUCUCCUACAGCCAUCUUCUGUGCGGGUUUAUCGCCGGGAAGUUCUUAGCCUCGAACCACCUGCUGGACAGGCGGAUAGGUGUAAUGUUGUAUGAGUUUCGUACGUGGCUGGACUCCCUGGAUGGCACGGUGUAUCGAGCACAGGCAGGGUUGAGGCUCAAGUACCACUCCAACCACUCUUCAUCUGGGUACUUUAUCGACUCCAUCUUUGACACCUUCGGCGGAUUCUUUCUCUGCUUAGGCAUAUUCUACUACCUCAAGAAAAGAUUUGGGGUUGGUCAUGGCGAACUGCAAGCCAACGGGUAUAAACUUCACUCCAAUAUCCCCGAUGCGGUGGUGACACUGGACAAUGAUCGUACCACGACGGAAAGCUACAGUGAGCGAUAUUUGCUGUGGAAAACGUUCUUGUUCGGAUUAAGCCUGGCAGUCGCUGGCAAAUGUUGGGAUUUAGCUGUGGACGAUUUCACAAACGUUUACGAAUAUCAGUUUAAGAAAGAAUCGUCAUUUUCGACGAUGCAAACAGAGUAUAGUCAUUCGCACGUGACUUUAGUGAUAUUUUACUUAUGGAGGCUGUGUGGAGGGCAGUCAGUAUUGAAUUACGUACUUAUAGCUAUCUUUUUGGAUAAAACAUGGCAGUUUCUUCAAUAUAUGCCUUAUGUUUUCCUCGGAGCUUCGUCACUGCUUUAUAUAGCGACAUGUAUAUACUUGUUUCAGGUUAGUAGCGCCCUUCAUCUCUGACUUGUGACUAGGAAAGUAUUAGAUCUUUUAUUUCACUAUGUGAUUGAAAAGCCUCAUUGAUUGAUAUAAAUUUAAAAUAAACUCAUUUUACAAAUAUAUAUAA